AAUUCUUCUUCUUUUUUUUAAGGCUGCAGCCACUGGGUCUUGAAGUAUCUCCGUAUUUUACAUCCUUUUUGCCCUUUAUUUUUCUGCAGCUUCUUGCAUGCUUGCAAACCAAAGGAGGUGGUAGCUGGUUUGGGCUACUAGGAUGGUUGCUGACAUUCAGGAUUUAAAACCAUAUAUGUUAACUUUUACAAAUGAUGAAAGAUAAGAAAUGACUAGACCUGCUGGAAGUACUGCUACCGUGGGAGAAAGCAAAACUCACCCUUCAGCUUUGUUUACUGGGUUUGUUUACUUGGACUGCUGAAUUUUUAUUCUUUUGAAGCGACUGAGAAAUAUUUGUUUGCAAAGUGUCUGACAAAGGAGUUACAGUUUGAAAGGCUUACCCGAGAACUUGAGGCUGAACGCCAGAUUGUCGCCAGCCAGCUGGAGAGAUGUAAACUGGGAUCUGAGACUGGAAGCAUGAACAGCAUUAGUUCAACUGAAGAACAGUUUCACUGGCAAACACAAGAUGGUCAGAAGGAUAUAGAAGAUGAGCUCACAACAGGUCUUGAACUUGUUGACUCCUGUAUUAGAUCUCUGCAAGAGUCUGGAAUACUUGAUCCACAGGACUAUUCAACUACCGAAAGGCCCAACCUUCUAUCCCAGAGUGCACUUCAGCUCAAUUCCAAACCCGAAGGGUCUUUCCAGUAUCCAUCUAGCUACCAUAGCAACCAGACCCUUGCCCUCGGUGAUUCAGCAGCCUCACAGCUUCCAGCCCGCAGCAGUCAAGCCAGAGCUGCGAUACAGAACUAUAGCCAGGCCACCGCCGGCCGGACAGCCCACCUCGCCGGCUCGGAGCCGCCGCCGCCGCCGCCUCCUCCGCUGUCUCAGCCGCUGGCCCGGGAGUCGUUCGCGCCGAGCCAUGGCAGCGCCUUCCACUUGCCGGACUCGUGCUCGUCCGCCUCGGCGUCCCAGGCGCAGCAGCCGCACUCGCCGGCCCUCUACUACUCCAGCUCCACGCUGCCGGCGCAGCGGGUGAGCUCGCCCUUGUCCAUGCAGCAGGUGGGCUCGCCCACCAAGCUCCAGCGGGCCGGCUCCGCCUCCGAGAGCGCCGCCGCCGCCGCCGCCGCCUCGGGCUACAGCACCACGCAGCGCGUCUCCUCGCCGAAGCAGUCGCCCAGCCGCCUGGCCAAGUCCUACAGCACCAGCUCGCCCAUCAACAUCGUCGUGUCGUCGGCGGGCCUCUCGCCCUCGCCCAUCCGGGUCACGUCGCCGCCCACCAUCCCCUCCAACAUCUCCUCGUCGCCCAUCCACCAGCUCAGCUCCACCAUCGGCACCUACGCCACGCUGUCGCCCACCAAGAGGCUGGUGCACCCCUCCGAGCAGUACGGCAAGCACUCGCAGGAGCUCUAUGCCACCGCCACCCUCCAGAGACCCGGCAGCCUCGCAGCUGGAUCCCGGGCUUCUUAUACCAGCCAGCAUAGCCACCUGGGCUCCGAGCUAAGGGCACUACAAUCUCCAGAGCACCACAUAGAUCCUAUUUAUGAAGACAGAGUAUAUCAGAAGCCCCCUAUGAGGAGUCUCAGCCAGAGUCAAGGGGACCCUCUUCAACCAGCACAUACAGGCACAUAUCGCACUAGCACAGACCUGGUUAACCAUUUCUGUGAACAGGUCCUCAAUUUUUUACUUUGUCCCUACUUUCCUGUCGUAGCCCCAUCUUCCCCUGGUGUCGACUCCGUACCCUUACAGCGCACAGGCAGUCAACACGGCUCACAGAACGCAACAGCGACCUUCCAGAGGGCCAGCUAUGCAGCCGGCCCAGCCUCCAAUUACGCAGAUCCCUACCGACAGCUGCAGUAUUGUCCUUCUGUUGAAUCACCAUACAGCAAAUCUGGACCAGCCAUCCCACCUGAGGGAACCUUGGCUAGGUCACCUUCAAUUGAUAGCAUUCAGAAAGAUCCCAGAUCUUUCAUGAACCCUUUUACCUGGAUGAAGGUUGCCUCCAAUAAGAUUUCAAAUACGCAUUCAAAUGUAGAGUUUGGAUGGAGAGACCCGGAACUUCCAGAAGUCAUUCAGAUGUUACAGCAUCAGUUCCCCUCAGUACAAUCCAACGCUGCUGCCUACUUACAGCACCUCUGCUUUGGAGACAAUAAAAUAAAAGCUGAGAUAAGAAGACAAGGAGGAAUACAGUUACUGGUGGACCUAUUGGACCAUCGAAUGACAGAAGUCCACCGUAGUGCCUGUGGAGCGCUGAGGAAUUUGGUGUAUGGGAAAGCCAACGACGACAACAAAAUUGCUUUGAAAAACUGUGGGGGUAUUCCAGCACUAGUACGAUUACUGCGCAAGACUACAGAUUUGGAAAUCAGAGAACUAGUCACAGGAGUUCUCUGGAAUCUGUCAUCUUGUGAUGCACUAAAAAUGCCAAUUAUCCAGGAUGCGCUUGCAGUGUUGACCAAUGCAGUGAUCAUUCCUCAUUCAGGAUGGGAAAACUCCCCACUCCAGGAUGACCACAAAAUACAGCUUCAUUCAUCACAGGUGCUGCGCAAUGCCACUGGGUGCCUAAGGAAUGUCAGCUCUGCUGGAGAAGAAGCCCGCAGAAGAAUGAGAGAGUGUGAUGGACUUACGGAUGCAUUGCUGUACGUGAUUCAGUCUGCUCUAGGGAGCAGUGAAAUUGAUAGCAAGACCGUUGAAAACUGUGUGUGCAUUUUAAGGAACCUCUCAUACAGACUCGCUGCAGAAACAUCUCAGGGACAGCAAAUGGGGACCGAUGAACUAGAUGGCUUGCUCUGUGGCGAUGCCAAUGGAAAAGACGCAGAAAGUUCGGGAUGCUGGGGCAAGAAGAAGAAGAAAAAGAAAUCUCAAGAUCAGUGGGAUGGCGUAGGUCCUCUCCCCGACUGUGCAGAACCACCAAAAGGAAUUCAGAUGCUGUGGUACCCAUCCAUAGUCAAACCCUACCUCACACUUCUCUCUGAGUGCUCAAAUCCAGAUACGUUGGAAGGGGCAGCUGGCGCACUACAAAAUCUGGCCGCAGGUAGUUGGAAGUGGUCAGUCUAUAUCCGCGCUGCCGUACGGAAAGAGAAAGGCCUGCCUAUACUGGUAGAAUUGCUUCGAAUAGAUAAUGACCGGGUAGUAUGUGCGGUUGCAACAGCUUUACGGAAUAUGGCCUUAGAUGUCCGAAAUAAAGAGUUAAUAGGGAAGUAUGCUAUGCGGGACCUGGUUCACCGGCUUCCAGGAGGUAACAACAGCAACAGUUCAGGAAGCAAGGCCAUGUCUGAUGAUACCGUCACUGCUAUUUGUUGCACCUUGCAUGAAGUCAUCACGAAAAACAUGGAGAAUGCCAAGGCCUUGCGGGACGCAGGAGGAAUCGAGAAGCUUGUUGGCAUUUCCAAGAGUAAAGGAGACAAGCACUCACCAAAAGUAGUGAAGGCAGCAUCUCAGGUCUUAAAUAGCAUGUGGCAGUACAGAGACCUGAGAAGUCUCUACAAGAAGCGGGUGGCCCCAGACUUCAGAGUGGCUGAGGACAGAGGAUUUUCACCUACCAAUCAUUCUGAGUCAUGGCACGCUCAGCAAACCCUCUCCCAGAAUCAAGAAACCAGAAUCUAUUCCCAAACCCAGGAUGGAUGGUCACAGUAUCACUUUGUAGCCUCAUCUUCAACGAUAGAGAGGGAUCGGCAAAGGCCGUACUCCUCAUCGCGUACGCCCUCCAUCUCUCCAGUGCGCAUGUCUCCCAACAACCGUUCAGCAAGUGCCCCAGCUUCACCUCGGGAAAUGAUCACUUUAAAAGAAAGAAAAACAGACUACGAGUCAACCGGAACAAAUGCUACUUAUGGAAAUAAAGGAGAGCACACUUCUAGGAAAGACGCAAUGACAGCUCAGAACACUGGAAUCUCUACUUUGUACAGAAAUUCUUAUGGUGCACCUGCUGAAGAUAUUAAACACAACCAGGUCUCAACACAGCCAGUUCCACAGGAGCCCACUAGAAAAGAUUAUGAACCAUAUCAGCCAUUUCAGAAUUCAACAAGAAACUAUGACGAGUCCUUCUUUGAGGACCAAGUACAUCACCGUCCUCCUGCAAGCGAGUACAAUAUGCAUCUGGGACUUAAGUCCACCGGGAACUACGUCGACUUCUACUCGGCUGCUCGGCCCUACAGUGAACUCAAUUACGAAACAAGCCACUAUCCUGCAUCUCCGGAUUCCUGGGUUUGAGAUUUGGGCAAGGAAAAAAACAAAAACAAAACGGCUCCGGGAACUGUGCAUGUGCAUGCAUACCACAAGACAUUCUUUUCCUGCAAAUUUAGUUUGUUAAAAGCCUGUUCCAUAGGAAGGCCCUGAUAACCAAGUGUGGAAAACUUUUAAGAUGCUUUUAGAUGGCUAAACGAUUUGGACAUUAAGCACGGGAGUGUCAUUAGAAAGGGGGGAAAUGUAUAUGUAUUUCUGUAUCUAUAUAAUCCCGUCUCUCUCUAUAUAUAGAUAUAGAAAUAUAUUGUGGGGAGGGGGGCAGCUUUGCGGUUGGCCCUUGUAUGUAGAGUGUAAAACAAAUAGUGCUGUAUAUUGAAUGUGGCUGAAGGAAAGAGGGGAAGGUGCAACAGCCGACGUAGGACCAGAGUUAAGCACAAGAAAAUGAAUAGUUUACAAAACCUUAAGGGGGACAGCUUCUCACACUUUGUUUCCUCUCCUCAUCCAUUGUGAAUCUAGGCUUCAAGUUGCAUUUGAGGUUUCCUCUGUACAGCAAGAUGUUUCUUGCCUUUUGUUAAUGCAUUGUUGCAAAGUAUUUGAUGUACAUUACAGAUUUAAGAGAGAGAGCGAGAGAGAGAAGUGCAUUGUGUAUAUUACACCAAUGCCACAGUGUUUCUUCAUCUAUGGUUCUAAAUAUUGCUUCAAUUUCAAAACUUUGAAAUAUGUAUGAAUUUCCAGGGGGGGGAGAGGGGUUGUUUUUUUCUUUCUUUCUUUCUUUCUUCCUUUUCUUUUCCCCAGUGCGUUUUAACAAAACAAAAAAAACAACCAACGGAAUAUUUAGCAGUAUUGUUCGUUCUGAUAUGUGAAUUUGUUUGUGGCAACUAAAAAAAAAAAAAGGCAUUCAGCAGUUUCUGACAAUUAACAUUCAUCAUUCCACACUCCUUGUCAACGAAGUGCUUUUUCACUGCCUAAAAUUUUAGAUGUAGAUAUUUGAAAUAGAUUUUUUCAUUUAUACCAGUUUUCUUUAUGAUGAUACAGUGUUAAAAAGAAAAUAAAUUACAAUUGAUCUGUCA